AUGGGAAAGCAUCAUUCCGAAUAUUAUUCUGAGGUGGAGAAGUUUGAAACGCAAGUCACCCAUGUAACAGAGCAAGUCCUUCAUGAGCAGGACCGUUUACGCAACUCAACUUUGAGAGAAUUCAAUCAAACAGUUCUACAACUAGUAGCGGAUUAUGAGAUGUUUGAAUUAGAAGGUCAAUGUGACCCUUCGAAGAUGACUUUUUACGUGGAGCAGCUCGAGAUAUGGACAAACAGUUUGAAGCAGCUCCAUCUCGAGUUAGAGUCAGUAGAUAACUUCCUGAGAUAUGUGAUACCGAACGAUCAAAGCCUUUCGACGCUUGCAAACUUUGAUGAAGAUAAAAUUACAAGUCUUCAAGAUGAAGUAUGUGAACUUAGAGACGUUAAUAUUGUUCAGCAAGACAAGGAAAUUGAGUCCUUAAAACAGCAAAUUAUAGAAAAGAGUAAUGAGAACUUGACCAUAAAUGAGAAGGUUAAGGAAACCUGUUUAGAUGUGUCACAAGAUAUAGAUCAAUGCUGGAAACUAUUAGAACAGAUUGAAGAUUAUGAAAGAAGAACUCCUUCCAGAGAAUUUGAUGCAUCUAAAGAUCCGACUUUCUCUACAUACAACCAAUGGAAAUGGAAUCAGCUGGCUGAAUCCGAGUUGAAAAGUCUAGAGGAACAACUUUCAACUUUAGAAGUAACGAAAGAAAAACUGGGAAGCUUACUAGCUAAAAGAGCAACCUUGAAUCCUUCCUCAGAUCUUAUGGAGAUGUUCACUACGUAUCAAUUGUUGAACGAAUUGUGGGAAAAGAAAAUUAUCUCUACAUUAUUCCCAGAUAUAAAAAACCUGGCUAUUUAUCCACAGUCAGGAAAGAUUCAUUUCUCAGUUGGCGUUGUAGAAGUGAUAAUUGUAAUGGAAAAAGAUGUUAUUAAUUCGAUAUCUUUAUUCUCGUAUGAGCUUCCCUAUGAUCAAAUUGAAAGUAUCAAAGAGGGUAUAUUGUACAAAAUUGAGAAUCAAAAGUCACUUUUCAACGUCCUUAUAACAGUAUCGGAUCAUAUCAUAAAUUCAUUAUAG